GUUUGGGCCUGAAUCUGUAACACUAGGAAAAACAACGCCCAACUGAAAGGCGGAUAUAAGGACGCCAACAAUAUAUGAAUAAUAUAAUAGUAUACAUGAGUGUCCUGCUAACAAUAGUUCUCCCUAGAACAGAAUUCAUUAUCCUGUUUUUACGCACACCCAGUGAUAGGGUCACGGACACAGUCAUGUGGGGAAAGCAUUUGACGUCGAUCUCGAAUUCCAGACAGACGUCAUGGGCAUUGUUGCUCUGCUAAAGCGCCAACACAAUAAUGGUUAUAGACAGGCAUAAUAAUUACUUUUCUACUCCGGUUUCAUUCUCUUUGUCUAUUUCUGAAAUUCAAUAUGCCAUGACGGCGGGAUAUCACCAUAGGCGUCCAACACCGCGUACACGGAUCCAUUAUAAGCUGACCGGCUAUCAACCGGACCCCCGAAGCCCAAAAAUAAAGAUGGAGUUUUCAAACUUUAGCCCCGGAGCAAAAGGAGCAAUGAAUACCGCCAUACAAGAAGCCCUAACGUGCACGACCUGCAGCAUCGACCCACUGGAGGCGAUAUCCGGUCUAGAUCGCGGCCGAGAUAGAGAUGAUCAAGGCAUCUCUUUUGCUACUCAUAAACGCGGCUGGCGCGAGGAGUCUCCUCUAGGCACAGCAGCAGCAGCAGCACACGCUGAAGCGAUAUCGUUUUCUACUCCACCAACGACAGAUAUAAUGUCCUGCUACGAGCCGCUCAUGACGCCGUCCCAGAAAGAGUUUUACGAUGACUUAUUAGACCGGUUCACCUCCCAAGAUCCACAGAGAGAUGUAAAUCUCGCUCGCUAUCUUGUCAACUACCAUAUACAUGUGCAUUAUAUGUUUCACCGGGGAGUAAUAAGUCUUUGUCGCGACGGCAGAGACAAGGAUGAGCUUAAGAGCUGGACGUGGGGUAUGACAAGGUUGAACGACGACGAGCUGAAGUCCAGAGCUGGGUGUAGUAAUGAAGAGCUAAUCCCCAUGACGGGGGAGUGGGAAGUACAACUGCCGGACUUCAGCGUACCGAAAGGGGACCCGUGGCCCGAGAAUGCUGCCUUUAUGAAGCAUGUGGAGGAUCUAUGGCAGCAGAGAUACCCGCUUCGGCAGAGACGCCUGGGAGAGUCAAGGAUGAAGUGGAAGAGGAUCAUGGCUGAGCGUGAGAGGCAGAGAGAGUUAGAACUGGCACAGCUACAGUUGGCGCAGCGAAAGACAAUAGUGAAGACAGUGAGGAUCUAUUGGGGGCAAGGGAUAGUAAGAGAGGUGGCGCUGGACUCGCCAUGGGUGACAUGACCGAAUGUACAAUUUGCUCUUGAUUGCGACGACUAUUUGCUAAGCGCGGCGUUUCAGGGUUAGCGAAUUGAACAGUAUAAAUAAGGAAAGCUGCCAAGUGGUGGCAUUUUGGUACGUAAAGAAACCCGAGAGUGACACUCCAAGAUUGCGUAGCUGGUAACAUUCAAUUUGAAAGAUAAAAGAAAAGGUAUCCAAGAUCCCAGAAGGAGAAAAAAAAAAAAAAAAAGAAAAGAAAAGAAAAA